GAUUGCCAGGAUGGUGGAUAAGAACAUUUACAUUGUGCAAGGUGAAAUCAACACAGUGGUGGGAGCCAUAAAACGCAAUGCCCGAUGGAGCACUCACACACAUCUGGAUGAAGAAAGGGAUCCCCUACUGCAUAGCUUUAGCCUCUUAAAAGAAGAGCUGAAUAAUAUAACAGAGCUUUCUGAAAUUGAACCCAACGUCUUUCUUCGGCCUUUCCUGGAAGUAAUCCGUUCUGAAGACACUACAGGCCCCAUCACUGGAUUGGCCCUCACUUCUGUGAAUAAGUUUCUCUCAUAUGCACUAAUAGAUCCCAGCCAUGUGGGCACAGCGGAGGGAAUGGAGAAUAUGGCAGAUGCUGUCACUCAUGCCCGAUUUGUGGGCACAGAUCAUGCAAGCGAUGAGGUUGUCCUGAUGAAAAUCCUGCAGGUUUUGAGAACCUUGCUGCUUACUCCAGUGGGAGCCCACCUCACCAAUGAAUCUGUGUGUGAGAUAAUGCAGUCCUGUUUCCGCAUAUGCUUUGAAAUGAGACUCAGCGAGUUAUUGAGAAAAUCUGCAGAGCACACUCUGGUCGACAUGGUGCAGCUGCUCUUCACAAGGUUGCCUCAGUUUAAAGAAGAGCCUAAAAGCUACAUGGGAACUAAUAUGAAGAAGUUGAAAAUGAGAGCUGGAGGAAUGAGUGAUUCAUCAAAAUGGAAAAAGCAGAAGAGAUCACCAAGGCCGCCUCGUCAUGUAAAUAAGGUCUCUCCUGGGACAGAGCAACCAGUAACCACUGGUACUAACAUCACAGCAAGUGGAGUUACUUUCAUAGAUGGUCCUUCUCCCAGCUCAUCUGGAAGCUCAGAAAAUGUCUCAUCUGCAGUCAGCCCUGCUACAGACAGUGGCUUGGAGUUGUCCUCACAGACUGCCUCCAAGGAAGACCUGAGUGAAAGUCUGAGGGAGGAGAAGAUCCAGUCAGCCUCUGUCGAAUCUAUCCCUGAGGUACUAGAGGAGUGCACAUCCAUAGCAGAACAUUCUGACUCUGCCUCUGUUCAUGACAUGGAUUAUGUAAAUCCUCGUGGAGUACGUUUUACCCAGUCUUCCCAAAAAGAAGGAGCAGCGCUGGUUCCCUAUGGACUGCCAUGUAUUAGAGAACUGUUCCGCUUUCUUAUCUCACUCACAAACCCUAAUGACCGCCACAACUCUGAUGUGAUGAUCCAUAUGGGGCUGCAGCUGCUGACUGUUGCUCUGGAGUCAGCCCCCAUUGCAAACUGCCAGUCCCUCUUGGGACUUGUGAAGGAAGAGUUGUGCCGGCACCUGUUUCAACUACUGAGUGUUGAACGGCUCAAUCUGUAUGCAACCUCCCUCAGGGUAUGCUUUCUUCUCUUUGAGAGCAUGAGAGAGCAUCUGAAAUUCCAGCUGGAGGUNUAUAUCAAGAAGCUGAUGGAAAUAAUCACUGUGGAAAACCCAAAGAUGCCCUAUGAAAUGAAGGAGAUGGCUUUGGAAGCCAUAGUUCAGCUGUGGCGGAUUCCCAGUUUUGUUACUGAGCUCUACAUUAACUAUGACUGUGACUACUACUGCGCCAACCUCUUCGAGGAGCUCACCAAGCUGCUCUCCAAGAAUGCCUUUCCAGUUUCUGGACAGCUGUAUACUGUCCAUCUGCUGUCUCUGGAAGCAUUGUUGACAGUGAUAGAUAGCAUAGAGGCACAUUGCCAGGCCAAAGGGCUGAGCAGCAUCCAUCAACAAGAGAAGGAAGUGGUCAAACCUAACACAGAAGCCAUGAACAGCACCAAAGAAACAAGCAACAACAAAGAGCGAGUGCUCAGUGAGGGAAAAUGUUCUAGUGCAGUUGCAGAGCCAGCUGGGGCAUGUCCUCCCACCAGUGGGUGCCUUAUGGCUGACCGGAUGAAGCAGGGCUGCAUGGCGUUGGAAGGAGGAAGCGAGGCAGCUGAGAAGAGUAUCUCCAGGAAGCCUACUCGAUUUUCCUGUGUCCUUCCAAGCCCUCAGGAACUUAUGCAGAUUAAGAACAAAAAGAAGCUCCUGAUAACUGGCACAGAGCAGUUCAACCAAAAGCCAAAGAAAGGGAUACAGUUUCUGCAGGAGAAGAACCUUCUCGCCACCCCUAUCGACAACAACGAGGUGGCCAGGUGGCUACGGGAAAAUCCUCGCCUGGACAAGAAGAUGAUUGGGGAAUUUGUGAGUGACCGUAAGAACAUAGACUUGCUGGAGAGCUUUGUGGGGACUUUCAGCUUCCAAGGUUUAAGGCUGGAUGAAGCUUUACGACUUUAUCUAGAGGCCUUCAGAUUACCAGGAGAGGCACCUGUAAUCCAGAGGCUGUUGGAAGCCUUCACAGAGCAUUGGCGGAAAUCAAACGGGUCCCCGUUUGCUAACAGUGAUGCCUGCUUUGCCCUGGCCUAUGCCGUUAUUAUGCUGAACACUGACCAGCACAACCAUAAUGUCCGCAAGCAGAAUGUCCCAAUGACUCUGGAGGAGUUUCGGAAGAAUCUGAAGGGCGUGAAUGGAGGCAAAGACUUUGAACAGGACAUACUGGAAGACAUGUACCAUGCCAUCAAAAACGAUGAGAUAGUGAUGCCAGAAGAACAGACAGGCCUGGUGAAGGAAAAUUAUAUCUGGAAUGUCCUGCUACAUCGUGGUGCUACUGAUGAGGGAAUAUUUCUCCAUGUGCCUUCUGGAAGCUAUGACCAUGAUCUCUUUACCAUGACAUGGGGGCCAACCAUUGCAGCCCUUUCCUAUGUUUUUGACAAGAGCUUAGAAGAAACAAUCAUCCAGAAGGCUAUCUCUGGUUUCAGGAAUUGUGCAAUGAUUUCCGCUCACUAUGGCCUGAGUGAUGUAUUUGACAAUCUCAUAAUUUCUCUCUGCAAGUUUACAGCCCUCAGCAGCGAGUCUAUUGAGAACCUGCCCACUGUUUUUGGAAGUAAUCCCAAGGCCCAUAUUGCGGCGAAGACUGUGUUUCACUUGGCCCAACGCCACGGUGACAUUCUGCGGGAGGGCUGGAAAAACAUCAUGGAGGCCAUGCUACAGCUUUUCCGAGCAGAGCUGCUGCCCAAGGCCAUGGUGGAGGUCGAAGACUUUGUGGAUCCCAAUGGCAAAAUCUCUCUGCAGCGAGAGGAGACACCAUCUAACCGUGGUGAAUCUACAGUGCUGAGUUUUGUUAGUUGGCUCACCCUCAGUGGCACAGAACAAUCUGGUAUGAGAGGGCCAUCUACAGAGACGCAGGAGGCAAAGCGAACAGCUCUGGAGUGCAUAAAGCAAUGUGAUCCUGAGAAGUUGAUCACAGAAAGCAAGUUCCUCCAACUCGAGUCCCUCCAGGAGCUCAUGAAGGCCCUAAUCUCUGUGACUCCUGAUGAGGAGACAUAUGAUGAAGAGGAUGCUGCCUUCUGCUUGGAGAUGCUUCUGCGGAUUGUGCUGGAGAACAGGGACCGUGUGACCUGUGUAUGGCAGACUGUUCGAGACCACCUCUAUCAUCUCUGCGUUCAUGCUGUGGAGUUCUGCUUCCUGGUGGAGAGGGCAGUGGUGGGGCUGCUGAGACUGGUGAUUCGGCUCCUUCGUCGGGAAGAAAUCAGUGCACAGGUUCUCCUCUCAUUACGUAUCCUGCUGAUGAUGAAGCCAAAUGUGCUUUCCAGAGUUAGCCAUGAGGUUGCCUACGGCCUCCAUGAACUCCUGAAGACCAAUGCUGCCAACAUUCACGCUGGGGAUGACUGGUACACACUCUUCACCCUCCUGGAGUGUAUUGGGUCUGGGGUGAAGCCUCCUGCAGCCCUGCAGGUUACAGCAAGGGCAGAUAAUGACACAGGUGCUCAGUCGGACAGUGAGGUCUCCUCCUCCUACCAUCCAAGUGAUAUGAGCCUGGACCGUGGCUACACCUCUGAUUCGGAGGUCUACACAGACCAUGGGAAGCAAGGCAAGAUGCAUCGCUCAGUGACAGAUGUGGAUAUGGUGAACAGUGGCUGGCUAGUGGUGGGGAAGGAUGACAUCGACACCUCCAGACCCAGUGCUGGACUGAAUAGGCUGGGGCCGUCUCCUCUCGUCAACCAGUACAGCCUGACUGUGGGGCUGGAUCUAGGCCCUCAUGAUACAAAGUCUCUCAUGAAGUGCGUGGAGUCCCUUUCCUUCAUCGUGAGAGAUGCUGCCCAUGUGACACCUGAGAACUUCGAGCUCUGUGUCAAAACCAUCCGCAUCUUUGUGGAGGCGAGCUUGAAUGGGGGCUAUAAGUCCCAAGAGAAGAGGGGGAAGAGCCACAGGUAUGACAGUAAAUCCAGCCGGUUAAAAAAAAAGCCAAAGGAGAGCUCCAUGCGGCGAUCGCGGGCCUCGAGCCAACACCAGGCACACAGGGAGGAGGACGAGGAGGAGAGCAGUCCUGCCAGCUACCACACUGUGUCUUUACAGCUCCUGGACCUCAUGCACACCUUGCACACUCGAGCAGCCACCAUCUACAGCUCCUGGGCAGAGGAGCAACGCCAUCUGGAGUCUACAGGGAGGAAAAUUGAAGCAGAUUCCCGAACACUGUGGUCCAACUGCUGGUGCCCUUUGCUACAGGGUAUUGCCUGGCUGUGCUGUGAUGCCCGACGCCAAGUGCGGAUGCAGGCUCUCACUUACUUGCAGCGAGCCCUCCUGGUGCAUGACCUGCAGGCACUGGAUGCCCUGGAGUGGGAGUCCUGCUUCAACAAGGUGCUGUUCCCUCUGCUAACGAAGCUCCUUGAGAAUAUCAGCCCAGCUGAUGUUGGAGGGAUGGAAGAGACCAGGAUGAGAGCCUCAACGCUGCUUUCCAAGGUGUUCUUGCAGCACCUCUCCCCGCUGCUCUCCCUGACCACCUUUGCUGCCCUGUGGCUGACAAUCCUGGACUUCAUGGACAAAUACAUGCAUGCUGGCUCCAGUGACUUACUGCUGGAGGCCAUCCCAGAGUCUCUGAAGAAUAUGCUGCUUGUAAUGGAUACAGCUGGGAUAUUCCAUAGUGCUGACUCACGGACAGGAUACUCAGAUCUCUGGGAAAUCACCUGGGAGCGGAUUGACUGCUUCUUACCUAGACUGCGAGAUGAGCUCUUCAAGCAGACAGUUAUCCAGGAUCCAGUCCCCAGUGUACCAAUGGAGCAGCAUCCUCAGAAGUCGACAGCAUCUGCCUUGCCCCCUUCUCCUGCAGGGGAUGUAAGACCAGCCGCUCACGUGGCACCUUUGGAGAAGUCUUGUGAACUGGGUGCCAGUGAGUCUGAGAGAGCCACUGCACCCAGCUCACCCACCACUAGCACCUCUGUCUCUCCUUCUUUCUCGGCAUCCGCUCCAGCGAAGACAAGUCCCGUUACAGACUUACCUCCUACGACAGCACAGCCGCCACUCAUUCUGCAGCCGCUUGCCUCUCCCCUGCAGGUUGGGGUACCACCUAUGUCUCUGCCAAUCAUUCUCAACCCAGCACUAAUAGAGGCCACCUCUCCUGUUCCACUCCUAGCUACUCCACGGCCCACUGACCCCAUGACAACUUCUGAAGUCAAUUAGUUUGAGGGUGUCUGAGAACUGUCUGCUAAGGAAGCUCUGUGGGUGGAGGAUGCUGGCCAAAUGUUCUCUAGUAGCAGGCAUGUUUGUUUUAGAAGAUGAUGCUAACCUGAGCAAAAGGGCAGUUGCUGCAAUCCCCUUUGAGCAUAUCAGGAUCUGCUCCCCUCUUGUGGCAAUUGCCCAGAAACCCCUGGCUGCGGCCUUCUCGGAGGGUUGCCCAGUUCCACUUACCAGUCUUCUCCUUGCCUUCACAAUCUCAGGGGUCAGGCAGUACCCACAUGCAGCAGCCUGGGACCAAGCCACCAGCACCUCAUCUGGUCAAGAGAGGAAACUCUGUGAUGUAACGCUAGAGAUGGGCUACAGUACGGACCGCCUCUCUGAUUAUUCAGUCCAGUCCCUAGACAAAUCCCAAGCCGUUCCCUAGCUUUCCUGCCCAUGCUUCUGACUGCACAGCUUUGUUUGAGCUCUGGGUAGGCCUGGGUUCGGCAGGUUGAGAAUUUUGCCUAGAAAUGUGGAUGAGUAACAGUCCAGCUCCCACCUUGCUAUGUAGGACUUCUUGUGCACUGUAGCCAUAUGAUUUCCUCCUGGGACAGGCAUCACAGCCAUCUAGUAGCGAGGCAGAGAGUAGGGAAGCCUCGCAGGGGCAGCGCUGUCCUCCUCCCUUCUCCUGUAAACAGUCAGGCUUUCUGGGUGGAGGGAGCAAAUUCAGACAGGUCUGCCUAGUUAAGCAGAUGAGAAGAAAAUGCAGAGACCUGAGAGCAGAGCCCUGAGAGCAGAGCCCUAUGGCCAUCUCUCAAACAGGGCUUGGGAGCUACUCCCCCUGUGUGGUGCACAGCGGUGCUAUGUUGUCCACCACAUUUUACAUUGGCCUCUUAGUGUCCAGCCCCAGGGCUGUAUCCUCCAUCCUCAGGAGACCAUAUAUUCCUCUUUAGCUUGGGAAGGCUGUGGGAUCUGUGGCACUGGCUGAUAGAUGCCUGGCAAGCUCUGCUGUGCUGAAGAGCAGCCUUUCUCGGGGGAGCUCAUGCAGGACUAGUACCCCUUCUGCAUCUUCUAGUUGCAGGGAGCCCACCUCCUCCUCUACCUAGAACGCUCCCGCAGCCUGGAGCCGAAGCCCUGAUAGUCUUUCCUUUGCUUCUGCCUUGCACUAAGGGUGUCCUUCUCUUCUACCCCCUCGUGCCCAGAGCAGAGCUGGCUGCCUGGCAAGCACUGCAUCUCAGUUCUUCUUCCUCUCUGAAUUAGUUGGCUAAAUGUUCAAGAAUACCAGUCUCAGAAAUCUCACUGGUGACUGGGAGGGGCAUGGGCAUGAUUUCAACCCGGUUUCUACUGUACUAAGAAGAUCCUACGGUUGGGAUGGGAGUAGGGCAAGUGUACAUAGAGUAAAUGGCUACAAAUCCGAUGGACUUUUUACAGUGUAAUAAAUACAUCCUGUAAAUGAA